CAUUGUUGCUCAGCUUAAAGCUAUGAGCGUUUCCUACUCUCAGGGUUUCUCAAGGGAGAGUAACGGACGAGCCUCAUGAAUCGUUCCAGACUUUGGACGCUGCCUGGAACUGCAGUGAAGGAGUAAUGGACGAAAGACUGUCCAGUAAGAAACACCACCUCCACAGCGAGCGUGACAUGGAAAGUUCUUCUGGUGAUACUAGAUUGUCGCAGGACGAAAGGGAGUGGAAACGACCCAAAGUUGAAGGAAAUUCUGAAAAUGGGCUUGUGGGUCCUGACCGGGAUGGAGUUCAAGAUAACGAUGGUCUGAACGUCAUUCAAGAAACUGCGGGCCCUUUUCGUGAGGGGCAAGGGGAGGGCAUGAAUCCUGACGUUGAAAGUAUGGACAUUGGGUAUCCGACAGGGGGAGAACAAGUUCAGGCCGGCGGAUUUGCGGCUCAAAUUCUUCGCGAUGGAGGAAAAUUUCAAGCCGGGUACGGUGACGGUGGGAAUCAAGAUGACGUUCUCAGUCGUCAGGACGAUGCUGAUCAACCAUGGAGCAGAGAACGUACUGUUGGAAAUGGCUGUGGUGUCGCUGACGCUGGUCAAGAAGAGAGCGUGAGUAGGAGAGGAGCAUAUGUUUGUGAAAAUGACGCUGUGGGCUUCCCUGCUGUGUACGAUGAUGGAAAUUAUGAUAGUUUAAAGGAGCAUGGGUCAAAAGACGAGUGUGGCCAGCCCAAAGUAUCACAGGAAGAGAGAGUUCUCGUUGUUGAAGAGGGACGAGAGCUGUUAAAUGCUGCUAGUGAUGAGGAGGGAGGUGAAACCUUGGGCCAAUGGUUGAAAAGAUGUCAGUCGAAGAGUUCCAAGAAUAAGAAUAAACGGCUUACUUGGGGAGAAGCCAUGAAAUUGAAUGAACAAACUGUUAAUGAAGAUGUAAGUGCGGAUACAUGUGGGAAAAAGAAUGUGCUGCCUGUCGAGAUCAUUGCUAGUGACGUUGGUGCAGGCUAUCUAAUGAAUCAUUCUCAAGUAGAGAAUUUGAAAAGUGGAAAGAAGCGUGGCAGACCAAGGGGCUCAAAAAAUAAAAUGAAGAGUAAUUUGCGUGCUAUUGAUGUAGGCGCAGGUGACAUUGAAAUACCAAAGAGGCGUGGUAGACCUAAGGAAUCUAGAAAUGGAUGGAAGAUUAUUUCGUGGCAUAGGAAUGCAAAUUCAGUUGACGCUAAAGCACCAAAGAAGCGUGGCAGACCAAGGGGCUCAAAAAAUAAGAUGAGGAGUGGUGCAAGUGAUGUUGGUGUUGGUGACAUUGAAGCGCCCAAGAAGCGAGGUCAACCUAAGGGGGCGAAAAAUAAAAAGCGGAGUAUUGUCUGUGUUAGUAAUGCAGAUGUGGAUGACACUGGAACGCCGAAAAAAAGAGGUCGACCUAAGGGUUCAAAAAAUAAAAAGGGGGCGAGUGUAUCUGUUAGUAAUGAUGGUGCAAUUGACAUUGAAAUUCCCAAGAAGUGUGGUAGACCAAAAGGCUCAAAAAAUAAAAAGCUGAGUAUUGCCUGUGCUAGCAAUGCAAGUGCAGGCGACAUUGAAAACCCAAUGAAGUCUACAGUGAAGUAUGGUCAGCCAUGGAACUCAAGAAACAAGAAGAAAAAAUUGGGAGAUCAGAUAAAUGAAGAAAUGUGUGGUGAAGUUAUGUUUGUCCACAAGGCAUGUGAUAAAACUAUCGGUGUUGCAUGUUUGGAAAAUAAUUUAGCCAAUAUUGCAGAUGAGCAACAUAUAGGUUCACUUGUUCAAACUGCUGAUAAUAGAAAAAGUCGAGAAGAGGAUCUAAAGCAAAAGAUGAGUGUUCAACCACAAAGAACUACCCAUGUCAGCGAUGGGAAUAAGGAUAUGCCUUCAAAGGGCUCUAGUGAUGGUGAGGUUCUAAACGAGAAUAGCCAUGUUAAAACAAAGCAUGAUCAACCAAAGGGUAAUAUUGAAAGAAAAGAGCAUUUGACUAGAAAAUUUCCUGGAGGAUCUAAUGAGGAAAUGGUGAACAUUUGCUUGGCUAGACCAGGGAAUGAGAUCAUUACUGCUGAAGUUGAGGCAGAUAAGGAAUUUUCUAUUGGUAGAUCUAGUGAUUAUGGAUCUGAAAACAAUAUUGAUAAGGCAAAUAAUACGUAUGGCAGGCCAAAGAGCUUCAGAGACAGAGAAAAGGAGACUGUCGGGUCUCUUGAUUCAAAGAUUCAGAGGCAUGACAAUGUAGCUGAGAUAGAUGGAAGAACAUCUGCUGAAGCUUGUAGAAAUGAUAUUGAUGGGCAAAAAGUUAAGCAUAGAAAACAGAGUUUAAAAAGUAAGAAACUGUCCAUUGAGCGCUACCAAUUGAAGGGUUCAAGAGGAAAGGUGCCAACUAUUGCUGCUGAUGAAGAUGAGAGUGAAUCAGUUGGACUGAAGCACAAAUCCAGGAGGAAUGAGAGAUCAAAUAAUAAGAGAGCCCGAUCCUUACAAAGUAAGAAGAGGAUUCUUUCAGGUAGAGUGGUCAGAUACUCAAGAGAGCCAGGAAAAAAGAUGAAAACAAAACGGUUAGAAUGUGGAUCUGGCAGCAUCCAGACAAGGUCUAGCGGAAGGCUGAGAAAAUUGUCAAACCAUAAAGCAGAAUCUUCAGGCAGCAGCUUUCAGAGUAGGCGUAGUGGAAGGCUGAGAAAGUUGUCAAGCAGUGGAUUAGACUCUUCAGGGUUGAACGUUGAUUCCAGAAGGAAGAAGGGCCUGUGGAGUUUAAUGUGCCACCAGUGCUGGAGGAGCGAUAGGAGUGGUGUUGUCAUUUGUGGCAACUGCAAACAGAAGCGAUAUUGCUAUGAGUGCAUAACAAAAUGGUAUCCAAACAAAACAAGAGAGGAGAUGGAGCUUUCCUGUCCCUUUUGCCUUGGUAAUUGCAAUUGUCGGUUGUGUUUGAAAGAGGCUGUAUCUGCAGAGACCGCAAGUGUUGAACCUGAUACUGACAUCAAUUUGCAAAAGUUGCUUUACUUGCUCAAGAACAUUCUGCCUUUACUCCAGCGUAUCCAACAAGAGCAGAGAUCAGAAAUGGAAAUAGAAUCUAGCUUGCAUGGUUCACUACUGACAGAAGAAAAUAUCAUGCAGUCACAGAUUGAUGAUGAUGAUCGAGUGUAUUGUGACAACUGUAAUACAUCCAUCGUCAACAUGCACAGAAGUUGUCCUAAUCCUAGUUGUAGUUAUGAUCUCUGCCUCAUUUGUUGCAUAGAACUAAGAAAUGGACUUCAUUGUGGAGAUAUUUCCACUAACAGCAAUGAUGGAGGGGCUGAUACCUCAUCUGAACUUUAUUGGAAAGCAAAUAUAAAUAGUUUGGUUCCUUGCCCGCCAAAAUCAAGGGGAGGCUGUGGCGCUACAAUUCUCUCAUUGAGACGCCUUUUUAAAGCUAACUGGGUGGAUGAAUUGAUCGGGAAUGCCGAGGAACUUACAAGCAAAUACAAGCCCCCUAAUGCUGAUUCAACUGAAGGUUGUUUAUUGUGCCAUAACUUUAGGAUUGAUACAGUACAGGAUUUUGAAAGGCAGGCGGCUUCCCGAGAAAACUGUCAUGAUAAUUUUUUGUUCUGCCCAAAUGCUAUGCACAUGGGAGAUAAAGAAUUCAAGCAUUUUCAGAUGCAUUGGGUGAGAGGUGAGCCUGUUAUAGUUAGGAAUGCUUUUGAAAAGGCUAGGGGCCUUAGCUGGGAUCCAAUGGUGAUGUGGAGGGCUUUUAGAGGGGCAAAGAGGAUACUAAAAGAGGAGGCAACUGUGGUCAAAGCCAUUGACUGCUUAGAUUGGUGCGAGGUUGAAAUUAAUAUCUUCCAGUUCUUCAAGGGCUACCUUGAAGGUCGUAGGUAUAGAAAUGGGUGGCCCGAGAUGUUGAAGCUAAAGGAUUGGCCUCCAUCAAAUGCCUUCGAAGAGUGUUUGCCUAGGCAUGGUGCUGAGUUUAUAGCUAUGCUUCCAUUUAGUGACUAUACUCAUCCCACAUCUGGUAUUCUAAAUCUUACUACAAAGCUACCUGCCGUUUUAAAGCCAGAUUUGGGCCCCAAAACAUACAUUGCAUAUGGAUCUUUGGAAGAGCUCGGUAGAGGUGAUUCUGUAGCAAAACUACAUUGUGACGUAUCAGAUGCGGUCAAUAUAUUGACACAUACAGCUGAAGUAAAAAGACCACCACAGCAAAGAAAAGCCAUAAUCAAAUUACAGAAAAAGCAUGAAGCUGAAGAUAUGUGUGCACUCUAUGACAGGAAGAAUGAAGGAUUGACUUCUUGUAGGAAAAAGCCAAAACGGCGCUGCCUGGAUACGAACAAGGGUUCUAAAAGCCCUAGAAAAGAAGACACUAUCGUGGGAGACUAUACUGUACUUAAAAGCCAGGUAUCAGAGGAAGAGAAUAUGAAUGAACAGCGGAAUGGUUCUGGAGAUUUGGGACCCUCAAGAGCAUAUACUGCAGCUUGCGCUCUAAAACGUGCAGCUUCUCCCAAACUUGAAAAAGAAGACUCUGAACGGACGCAUGGUGAAGUUAAGAAUGCUGUCCAAAAAAGCUCGUUAUCACAUGAUGGACAUCAUGAAGGAAUUUCAUCCCCUGACCAUAUUCUGUCUGGAACAUCCACAAAAGACAGUCAUGAAAAAGAAAAAACUUAUGCCUGGGUAAAUCAGGUCAAUUCAACAAAUUUUACAGAACAAUCUGAAUCAAAAGGCACGUGCAUGUGUGCUGAGGAGUCUCCUAAUGGAAUCAUUCCCAACGUUGAGCAUGAUUGUGACAGUUCCUGUGCUGAGGGGACUAACACGGGUCGUGACUCCAUGCUGCACAAGUCUUGUGAACAAGGUGCGAUAAAGGAUUUUGCAAGACAUUUGAAUCUUCUAGACUGUAAUCAGCCUGAUGUUAGAACAGAAGAAGAAAAACCAUACAGUCGGUUAAAUUUUGCAGGGGCAUGUUCUGAAAUCAAGAAUCACAAAAUUGAGUCACUUAGAAAUGAUACGAGAACAGCAAAAGCUUUCCUUGAAAAUGAUGAUGCGUUAGAGACCCAAUACGGGAGUGCUGUAUGGGACAUAUUUCGCAGGCAAGAUGUGCCGGUGCUGAUGGAGUACCUGAAAAAACACUACAGAGAAUUCCGCCACAUAAAUAAUCUUCCUGUGAAUUCUAUAAUACAUCCAAUUCAUGACCAGACUCUUUAUCUAAACGAAAGACAUAAAAAGCAGCUAAAGGAAGAAUUUGGCAUUGAACCAUGGACAUUUGAGCAACACCUUGGCGAGGCUGUUUUCAUACCUGCAGGGUGCCCGCAUCAAGUGAGGAAUAGACAGUCUUGCAUAAAAGUGGCUCUAGACUUUGUUUCACCUGAAAAUGUUCAAGAGUGUGUUCGAUUGACGGAGGAAUUUCGGCUGCUUCCGAAGAAACAUAGAUCGAAGGAAGAUAUACUGGAGAUAAAGAAGAUGGCACUGUAUGCUGCCAACGCUGCUAUAACUGAAGCCAUGAGAUUAAUGCGGAGGAUAUGAGUGAGUCUAAUUGUCAUCAUCAUACAAAACGUGGGAAACACUACAGGAAACCUGUAUUGUGCAGUGGUGGUUUUCCCCCUUUUGGUUUUGGAUAUGCAAGUUGUAUGAUACAAAGUAGGCCCCCUUUUUUUGUAUUUUACCAAUUCUCAACUUCAAUUUAUUGGCCUGGGAUCCUGGAGUGUAAAUGUGACAUGCAUGGAAUUGCGCUUUGUGCUUCUGAAAUAGGUUGCACUAGCAAGCUGAGUUGAUUUCAAGUUUGAUCCCUCCUCCGUGAAAAGAGGGUUAUUGGUGGUAGUGUAAGAAAAAGAACAAGAAUAAAAAUGAAAAGCCAAAUAUAAAUUUGAGAAA